ACGACCUCUCUCGCGCGGCAGUGCCACACGAACCGCCGCGGCGAACGGCGGCCUGAACACGGUACCUCUCGCGAUAACGAAGGUGCGCGCACGUUUUGCGUUACGUUGUUUGUACUCCCGCCUAUCGAUAUCCACAUCCGCGCUGUUCGCAAUUCGUUCCCGGUCUUUAACCGAGGAGGCAGGCUUCGUCGAAGCCUCCUGAUCGACCGCGCGUCGUCGUCCCCGCGUUGAACCGACGAGUUCCCGGGUGUCGAUCGUUCCAGUCAGCUCCUUUGUUCCUUCAGCGUCCCGGAUACUCUUCUUGGAUAUCUCUCUCUACGUGCACGAGCAUUCCUGAAUCUCGAGCUGCGACUUUCACUGCAUAAUGUCCGCAUUGUUGCUGUUGUUGGUCGCGGCGCUUCUGGCCCCCCCGAGAGUCCACGUGCCCGCACGCGAUGUCGAUUUCUGCUUCGCGGACGAGGAUGACCCGUACCUGUACAUGGCCACGAAAACCGCAUAUCACUUCGUUCACGGUGGCAAGACCCGAUUCCAGACAGUACCGGAUUGCCGGCCGGUGCAAAUUUGGAUGCUCGCGGCACACGGCACCCGUUGCCCGACUAUGCAAGAAAUCCACAGCAUUCGCUCUCUAACUGAUCUCAAAGAACAGAUAGUUCAGAAUCAUGAAGGGCAGGGUCACCUGUGCGGUCGAGAUCUGGAUAAUCUAAAAAAAUGGAAGCUGGACGAUUAUUUGCUGCCGCAACGGGCGGAAGUCCUGACACCACAAGGGGUGGAAGACAUGAAGCUACUGGCCAGAAGAUUGCAAAGCAAUUUCCCGGAGCUGCUGCUCCCCAACAUUUACAACAUUACAUCCUCCAAUUACAAGUUUCGUGCUACCGAAGCUCGCGACAGCAUGACAUCUUUUAUGGAAGGGCUGUUCGGUAGCAGAUCCGCCGUACUUCCAGAAGAAGCUUCUCUUAACGACACUUUACUUACUGCGUACAAAACAUGCGGUAUGUGGAAUAACGAAGAAAAAGAGGGAUCGUUCGAAAACAUAGAACGCAUCAGAUUCGAUAACGGACCAGAGUUCCAAAAUCUCUUGAGGAACAUCAGCAGACGACUCGGUUUUCUGUACAAUAUUUCUGCUGAUAAAAUCGACGCUAUGUACGACGCGUGUCGAUACCAGAAGGCCUGGUCUGUCACCGAACUUUCACCUUGGUGCGCCGUCUUCAGCAAAGACGAACUUCGCAUUCUGGAGUACAGGGAGGAUCUCGAUUACUAUUACAAAGCGGGCUAUGGGCGCGAUAUCAACACUCGUUUGGGAUGCCCCUUGCUGCACGACAUGAUGAGCCACUUCUGGAAUGUAGCAAGUGACGAGAUGUCGAACGAGCCCGCGGGCAUCUUCUACUUCAGCGAUAUAGUCAGCCUGCAAAAUCUUCUGGCCACGAUGGGCAUAAACGAAGAUCAGAUGCGAUUGACCGCUUACAAUUACAAAGAGAUGGCCAGACGUCAAUGGCGCACAUCGAUGAUAUCACCCUUUGCCGCGAAUCUCAUCGCAGUAUUUUACAAAUGCAACUACGAUAAUAACCGCAAUAAGGUGAUGUUUUAUCUGGCGGAGAAACCAGUACGAUACAGUGGCUGUCAGGUGGGUCUGUGCGACUGGGAGUUCUUGAAAAGCAAGUUCGGUCAGCUGGCGUCCAACUGCAAGCUGGACGUCUGCUGGAAGGCGAGCGGAGCAACAUCCAGUUUUCCUGAUUUUAUAGCCAUCUUAUUAACGUCUUUUAUUCUAGUCCGCUUUGGCUACCAACAAUUGUAAAUAUAAGCUUAGCUUAUUCAUUAUCGAGCGUUACAUUGUAAAAUGUUAAGUACGAGUGAGAUUUUUGGGAUUCUCAAGUUAAUACUUAUAGAAUUCUUCUCUCUUUUCAACAGAGAGCAAAAAAGCGCACAGAGCAAAUUAAGGCGUUAAAUUGUAGACUAUUUUAUCGCUUUUAGAUGUUAAUUUCUGCGACUUCAAAAAUGUAUUAAAUACAUUACGAUAUAUAUGUGCGAGUAGUGUGACGUACAGUUAGUAAUGACGUUUAAUGUGACUUUAAAUAAAUUUUAUGUCUAAAUUUUAUUACAUAAUUUACAUAUAAGAAUUAAUAGAGUUAAUUGUUAUAAUAUAUUUGCUCUAAUUUACAAUAAUAUCCUAAUAUGUAUUUUAAAAUAUAUUUAUGUUUUAUUUAUAUGCGCCUGUUACUAUUUUAAUUCGUUAUCCAUAAUGCAUAAAACAUUAGUAACAAAAAUAUAGCCACUCAAAAAUCAAGAUUUUCUCUUUAAAA